GUCCGGGACCGGCGCCGCGCUCCCUAGAGCCUGAGCGCCGGCAUGCUCCGCGUCGCCUGACCCCGAGCCGCGCGAAGCGGAGCGCGCCGAGCCCGCGGGGCCGCCAGCCAGCGCACGCCUCGGCGUCAGGGGCAUGGAGGAGCGGCGGGCUCCGAGCCGCGCCCCGGAGUCCCCGAAACUUCCAAGCAGGCGCCCGUCCGCGCCCCCGCCGCCGCUUCCCCUGCCGGCCUGAGAGCGGGACCAUGGAUGAAAGGUUCAACAAGUGGCUGCUGACGCCCGUGCUCACUCUCCUCUUCGUGGUCAUCAUGUACCAGUACGUGUCCCCCUCCUGCACCAGCUCCUGCAGCAACUUCGGGGACGCUCGCCCGCCCGCCGCCCCGAGUCCGGCCCGCCGGGCACAGGCGUCCCCCGAAGAGUGGGAGCGGCGACCCCAGCUGCCCCCGCCGCCCCGGGGGCCGCCCGAAGGAUCUCAGGGAGCCGCGGCCCCGGAGGACGAGGACGAGGAGCCUGGGGAUCCAGAGGAGGAGGCAGAGGAGGAGGAGGAGGAGGAGGAAGAAGAGGACCCGGACCCCGAGGCCCCCGAAAACGGCUCCCUGCCCCGGUUCACGCCGCGCUUCAAGUUCACCCUGCAGGACCUGACCCGGCUCGUGGAUUUCAAUAUCAAAGGACGCGACGUGAUCGUGUUCCUGCACAUCCAGAAGACCGGGGGCACGACGUUCGGCCGGCACCUGGUGAAGAACAUCCGGCUGGAGCAGCCGUGUAGCUGCAAAGCUGGCCAGAAGAAGUGCACCUGUCACCGGCCGGGCAAGAAGGAGACCUGGCUCUUCUCCCGCUUCUCCACCGGCUGGAGCUGCGGGCUGCACGCCGACUGGACCGAGCUCACCAACUGCGUGCCGGCCAUCAUGGAGAAGAAGGACUGUCCCCGCAACCACAGCCACGCCAGGAAUUUCUAUUACAUCACAAUGUUGCGGGAUCCAGUGUCAAGGUACCUGAGUGAAUGGAAACACGUCCAGCGAGGGGCCACAUGGAAAACCUCUCUGCAUAUGUGUGAUGGAAGAAGCCCCACCCCCGAUGAGCUGCCUACCUGCUACCCUGGGGAUGACUGGUCUGGGGUCAGCUUGCGGGAAUUUAUGGACUGCAGCUACAACCUGGCUAACAACCGCCAGGUGCGCAUGCUGGCUGACCUCAGCCUGGUGGGCUGCUACAACUUGACUUUCAUGAACGAGAGUGAGAGAAACACCAUCCUGUUGCAGAGUGCAAAGAAUAACCUAAAAAACAUGGCCUUCUUUGGGCUCACCGAAUUCCAGCGGAAGACACAGUUUCUCUUUGAAAGGACAUUCAACCUCAAGUUCAUUUCCCCCUUCACACAAUUUAAUAUCACGCGGGCUUCCAAUGUGGAAAUCAAUGAGGGCGCCCGCCAGCGCAUUGAGGAGCUGAAUUUCCUGGAUGUACAGCUUUACGAGUAUGCAAAAGAUCUCUUCCAGCAGCGCUAUCACCACACCAAGCAGCUGGAACACCAGAGGGACCGUCAAAAGCGAAAGGAGGAACGGAGGCUGCACCGGGAGCACAGGGCCCACCGGUGGCCCAAAGAAGAUGGACCAUCAGAGGGGACUGUCACAGAGGACUACAACAGCCAGGUGGUGAGAUGGUGACCCCUUGCCCACUCCUCUUUCCAGAGGGGGAGAUAAGCAGGUGUGCCGACCUUCUGUUGCAUUACCUUGGAGAAACUGGGCCACUCCGAAAACAUCUACUUCCUCGCUGUCUUCAGUUUUAUCCUGCUGGAGAUUAUCCACCUUGUUCAUUGAUUUCCUUGACAUUUUCCGAUCAGUGAUAUUAAGUAGGGUAGGAAUGCAUCCGGUGUAGACCACUUUAGAAGGUCAAGGACAAAAGCAUCUAAAAGCAGUCUCACUCCUUGUGAGCACCUGGGUGAAUGGAGCCCAAAGGGCCACACGUGAAAAGCCAAAUGCCUGGCUUGGAUGUUCUGUUGCAACUGUUGUUUAAUACUGUCAUGGGAAUAUUGGUCUAUUUAAAGAAAGAGAAAGAAGGACCUUUCUACCCUGAGAUGAGGUUUAAUGGCAAGCCUUCCCUGGCUGCUGGUCCUCAUCUUUGAACUUUGAACUUUGUUUGAAUAUGGUUUAAAUCACAGGUAAUGUGCUUUGUUGUUGCAAUUGAUUUUAAACACAAUCGCUCUACUAUUGACCGUCUCUAGAGACCCAUAGGCUACAAAACCGUGGCAGCGGAGCUCUCGGCCUUGCUUCCUCCUCAUCAUUAGAGCACAGGGGCUGACACAGGAGAGGACGGCUUGUGGUCCCUGAGAAAUGAACAUUGGUGGGGCAUUUAGAGGGCUUAUUUACUAAUGCGUAAGCAGAUUACAUCUUACCAUUUUAAUAGUCAGUGUUAGGAAAGAAUGAUGAAUUAAGAGAGGGGAAAAAUGAGGAGAAAUACUGGUGUUUAACAUUUCCAGAUGGUUACAGAAUCUUCCUUUAUAAAAUAGUAUUUCAGAGUAACUUGUUUGGAGCAGUUAUCUUCUCUCACAUAGAACUGCCAGAUUUGAAAUUGCACCAUCACAUAAAUGAUGUUUAAAAAGAACGUGGCCUAAAAAGUAGGAGUGUAACUAGAAUGUACACAAAACAAUGUUAAGGUUGCUCAAUGAAUAACUCUCUUUGGAGCUAGGACACGUGGAACCAUUCCUAGGACAGUCAUCCCUGGGGUUCAGACAGAGCAGUACCCCAACAUUGUAAAUGUCCGUAGUCUGAUAGCUUCUUUCCUCCCACAUGAUCCUUUCCUGUUCUUACUCUGUGACUACAGACAGUGAAUCAGGGUAGAGUAUAUUAAACUGGACCCCUAAAAUGUGGUAUGUUGCCAAGUGCUCUUUAUUUCUGCCUUUCCCCAGUCACAACUAAAAUAACAAAAAGUCUAUGAAUAAUAAGGGAUAAAGUAUGGAGGAGGGAAUUGAAAGCUUUUAGCUCACAUCAAGAAGAAGGAUCAGAGUGGGUAGAAAGUUUCACACACAUCGAUAUGAUCAGUUCUUUCAAGGAGCUGAAGGCAAAAAGAGUGAAAACCCUAAAUCAGAUUGAAAAUCCUAUUUCACUGAUGUCCAACAUGUUUGAUGUUUAAGCCAGCUUUACAUAAGCCACUUCUCAGCCUCCAGAAUACUCUCUCUGGGCUUGAGAGUUAAUCAACCAACAAGCAUUCAAGGAGCACUAGCUGUGCAGAGGGGAGCCCAGCAUGCCCGUCAAAUACAGAUCUGGAGAUGUAGCUGUGGAACCUCUCUCACUGCCCUUGGCUAUCCCUGUGGUAAAAGAGAAGGCAUUCUUGGGGGGCCCCUUCAAUCAUGAACUGAAGGAGGCCUUUCUCAUACCUGCAACCAAUGCAGCUAUUGUUAAUCUCAUUCUGUACAUGGGAAAAGUGAAGCCCACAGAUAAUGAGUAGUUUCCUCCCAGAUUGUAAAGUAGGCCUGGCUGACUGCAAUGUGCUUCUACCCACUAUAUUGUCCAUAUGGGAUAUGGGCUCAUGCUGCCUAAUGGUCCUUGACAAUCACGCAAGAAAUCAGCUGUUUUUGCCCCAGAGUAUUUUUCUGUGGCCCAUGUAGGUGGCACAAACUAGCAGCAAGAUAACGCGAAACUGGAAAUGACCCAGACGUGUUCUGCCUUUGAGUAAGUCCUCUCUACAUCACUGACUCAUCAAUGAGCUGCAUUUGAUAACUUUUUAGGCAGCUGUACUUUUGUACCUAUUUAUAAGAGUGAGUGAGUUCAAAAAGCCAAGAACAUAUCACACAUGAGUUGGUCAGGAUCAGGGCUCACCAAAUGUCUGAGUCUCCCUCUGGUAAUUUCUUCCUAAAGUAGGAAGUGAAGCAACAUUGCAGCAGGGAUUUAAUGAGAAGUCUCUCUCGAUCUUCACAUUCCCUUGUUGCGAGCUAAUGUUCUGGCUAGAAUAGAAAGGCUGAAAAUUAUCCUUUUACCUACCACGGCAUUGCACAUGGACAUGUGUGGGCACACACACACACACACACACACACAUACACACACACAGUAACAACCUGGUGUUUUGUCAUGUAGAAAAUCCAAACCAGUGAGAAAGCAUUCAGAUUAUUUCUUCUAAAUUCACUUUAACUUUUUGGCAGGGAUUUCAUGCAUAAGUGAGACUUGGAGGCAGCCCCUACUAACUGCCUCCUGAGACACCUUGGGAUUUAUAUCAAAAGGCUUUCUACCUCCUUACAGUGGCGGGCUUGAUAUAUUAUGCUCCACUUGAAGCCGGAUAGCAGGGUGUGCAGAGGAGACACCGCCUCCUCAUGUUGGCUGGAGGCCAGUGCUGAGUAAAUAAAGGAACCCAAUGUGGUCGCCCCCCGCACACAUCAUUUCAUUCUACAGUAGCACACUUAUCUUAUCACUGGGGUCCUAUACUGAUAGAAUUGGAGGAGUAAGGACACAGUGCGGCCUCCAAAAAUUCACUGCACACCUGCAUGCUGAGUGAAGCUCAGGGGAAGGAUGCUAGUAAAGUACACCUGGGCCUAAGGAUCCUGGAAAGGCUGCAGCCCCAAGUUACUAAACUAAAUCAACUCCGAGUGUGUUAGGGUCCAAAGCCCAAAAAGAGAGAAAAAUAAAUCAAUCAAUCCCCAGGCAGUUCCAUGUUCUGUCCACUUUUGGCAAUUCCCAGGUGCAUAUGGUAAUGCAAUCACCACAAGCCAAACUGGGAUGUGGCGUCCAGGCGCGUGUGUGUAUGUGUGUGCAUGCAUGUGUGUGUAUGCCUUUGUGUUUAGAUUUUAUUAACAACUAAGAUACACACAUAUUGUCUCCUGCUGGUUUUUGACAGCCUACUGUUGGUAACUGGAGAAAGUAGUAGAUAAUCUUAACAAUUAAAGUUAGACAAAAGUUAAGGAAAUAAUGUGUUAAUAAAAAAUAUACAGAUCCUUUUCUUCUCCUCUAAGGUGGUAAUUGUGUCAUGAAGAGUUUAGUCAAAGGUUUGAAAUAUGCAAACUCACUGUAACAUUUUCAAAAAUCUGAGUGGCUAUGAUACUAAUAUUGGGAAGAAAGUCUAUCAAAUAGGCCUAGCAAGAAGGUGAGAACAGAUCAUUAAAAAAUAAAUAUUAAGGGCAUUGGCUAGGAUUCCUAUUUACUAUCUUAACAGAGAUACUUAAACUACUUCUCUCCCACUUGGACAAACUGGUUUGAUAGAUCUAAUGUGUGAAGUUACCAGAAGCCCAGGUUUACCCUUAUUUUUCUUUCAUUCUAAUGUAUGGUUUCCACCUCAAGAUGGCUGCUGAAGCUCCUGCCUUUGGCAUUUCAGACAGUAGAGAAGAAGCAGAGGGAUGUUUCACGUAUUUCUUGCAGUCAUACAUCAUGUCUUGGAACCUGGACAUUAGACAUGUCUAAGCGCAGAAAAGAGGAUUUUAUUAUUUUUUAAAAUGUGAAAAUUAGUACUGAUAAAAAACUAUUAGUAUCUGACACAAAAGGGAAGUGGAAAAUAUAUUAACUGCUAUUCAAUGUCAUUUAUUUCAUCAUAUGUUUUACAAAGGAUGGGAUUAAUAUUCAUCACUUUGUAUAGCAUAUAAUACUUUUCAAAACAUUUCUACAACUAGCAUCUCAUCUGGCCUUCAUUGAGUUCUUGUGUGUCAAAUGAGACCUGUGUUCAUUAUCCCAUUUGCUAGUGUGGAAUAGAGAUUCGGAGAUGUUAAAAGUUUCCCAAAGACUCUAAUUCAUUGGCAAGAAAGUUGCUCAGAGCCCCUAGUUUUUGAUUUCAUAUCUUUUCCUACUACAUUAUGCUGCUCCACAUAGUACUGGGAUUGGGAAAUGCAAAAAUAUGAAAUAUAAAUCUUCAUUGAUUUAUAUCUUCCCACACCUUUUUGUAGACCUGCAGUGACCUAAAAAAAGGCCAGUGAGACUGUCGAUUUGACUCUCAUUUCUGCCUCUAGCCAGGGGACCUCUUAUUAGGAGUGAAAUACCCAAGAGGUGGGCAGUGCUUCAGGGGAGGUGAAAAGGAGCGCUCAAACUCAGGGGAGGCCCUCAAACACUGUUAACUGAGUGUCUCCCCAAUUCGACCAAAAAAUACUCAGGAGGAAGGCUGAGGAUUAUGCACACAGCCCUUCGGGAAACUUAGCAUUAGGAACCUUCACAACCAGUAGUUACCUGUUAGAGAAGCUUAAGGGGUGAUCAAUAGAACCCCUGCCCAUAAAAUAUCUCCCUCUCUCUACUUCUUCCUCAAUAUUUUAUCAGCAACUUAUUGCUUUAGCUCUUAGAGGUUUUAUUUGGUGUUAAAUCAGUUCUUUUGCACAUUUGCUGGAGAGAGGAAGUGCUUUAAGCUGUCAUAAGCUAACAUCUUCCCAUAGAGAGUGUAUCCGACUCUUUCCCAGCCCCGACCUCUGCUGAGAAGAAGGUUGUGUAUAAUGGUAUCGUGCCAAUGCAGGGGUCUAGGCAGAGUCGAGGUACCAAUAGAAGAAAAACAGACUCUUGAAUGGGAGGUAGGUCUUUUAGAGAUAGGAAGAUGAUGAAUAAAAUAUGUGCCAAGCAAUGGUGAAAGGUAGAAAAAUGACUAUGAUAAAGUUUCUGUCCAGAAGAUCAAGGGCAGGGGAGAAACAUGUGGACUGGAAUCCUUUUAACGAUUUAAAAGAACAGCAAAGGGAAUGAGUCUCUUAACACAACAUCAGAGGGCUGGGAGGCUUUAGGGACUGAAGGCUGGUGAGCUGGAGGAUUGAAUCAAAGAGAAACCUGGGUUGGGCUUAAGAACUAUCUGAUCUGAUCACAGCUGUGACUCUAAGAUUUUCUUUUCACAUCCUUAUUCUGCCUCCCUUGGUCAUCAAAACUCCAACUGAAAGCCUCCAGGCUGGAUAUCAGGGAUGGCUGAACCGGACAAUGCAAGGACAGCUUGUGGCUCCUGGGAAGCAGACAAUGGAUCUUUCUCCAAGGCGCUCUUGGCUUCCUCAUGAUUGUGUUCUUCCAUCUCUACUGGAUACAAGCCAAUGCCGGCUCUUGUCCCAGCACGUUUCCUAGAACACAUCUGAGCUAACACCUGGAAACUGAGUCAGCCCUUCUUCUGGGCAAGUGGCAUGGGGGGAAUCUGAGACCUGUGUUUUUUAUAGCCUCGUGGAUGGGCUUGCCUAUGGACCCUCUGCUCAUUGAGGGGAGGAACCUGCCUUGCAGAAGUACUGAGCCUUCCAGAGGACUGGCUCAGCCUUGAACACCAUCAACAUCUGCAACACAGAAGUGUCUGAACUUCCAGGCAAGGACUCCAGGAAACCUAGCAGAAUGCGGAUCUGAGAGCACAGACACACGGGUGAAUCUUGAGCCUGUGUUCCCAGUUAUCUAUGGAAAAUAUUGCAACUGGCAUCUUUCAGCACAUCACAUGGAACCUCUGCAAGUUCCAUGUUCUGCUGCAUGGAAGACACUCAUCGAAGGACCCGAUGUCAGUGCUGAAAUUAACCCGGGGAGAAUAGUGCUCCAAAGGGCAAGGUCUUGUGUGAUUUAGUCAGUGUCACAUUUGUCUUCCAUCUCCUUGCCAUUUUUUUGGUCUUAGUCAUGUGGUCAUUUUUUCUUUUCCUUCUUCUAUGUAUUUUUGGGAAUACUUUCUGGGUUCUGCUUGCAUUAUUAUUAUUAUUUUAAUGUAUCAAUGUUAGAAGGGAAAAAUCUGGAUCAUCUGAUUCCCCACUUUAGAUGUAAAGUUAGCUAUUCAAUAGAUAGUAAAUUAUUUCUUCUAAGCGGUAUUUCUUUUUGUUUCUGUGCAAUAAUAUGUAUGAACUUGGUUACUAGGAAAUUGUAUUGUGACAUUAUCAACCUUUAUCACUAUUUAAAAAUGAUAGUUUGUAGAACUGAGGAUUUCCAUUGAUGUGAAGCACAAUUUAAUGAAUAAGUUACUAUAUUAAACUGUUGUGAUGUCAAGAA